CUCUAACUAAUUAUUUUUAAACAAGCUAAACUUUUUAUUUUAAAAUUUUUCAUGAUGGAAUUUCAAAGACUUCCAGUUCUGCCUAAAUUUGUUGAACUCCCUACAUUUGACCCUAGGUACGAUUGCCCAGUGUCUUUUAUUUCUAACUACGAUAAAAUUACUGAUAGAAAUGGUUGGGAUUGUGCAUAUAAAAUUCGAUAUUUGCAGUGUUACCUGAAACACGCAUCUGUCUUUUGGUUUCAAAAAUACGCGACAAAUAAAGAUAAUCUUCAGAAAACUUGGCCGGAUCUAAAAAAAGAUUUCAUUUCAAAUUUUGGCGGUGAUAUAACAAUUAGAAAAUUAAAAUCCAAAUUGCGCUCACGUAAGCAGGAUGCAAACGAGGACAUUAAACAUUAUUAUUUUGACUUACUUUCAAUGUUUCAAGAAAUAUAUGAUGAAAUUAAUUUUGAACAGUUCAGAGACUAUUUUGAGAAUGGUUUGCAUCCAUCUUAUGACAAAUAUUAUUUUAUGUUGUCAAGCCGUGAUAUGGAUUUUACCGCGUUAAACAAUAUUGUCUAUAAAUUGAGUGAUCUAAAAGACAGACUUACCGAUUACAACACGUUGGCACAUUCUUCUCAUUUCUACGAAGAUAAAACAAGUAUAAAUAAUUCAGCUAGUGAAAAUAAGUAUGAAUAUAGUAAUUAUGUCCAACAUUCGGAUUAUUUAAAUUCAAAUAAAAGAAAUAAAAGACAGGUAGAGGAUGACUAUUCGUACAAUGGUCAUAGGGUUGAAGAUAUUGAUAAUGUAAGAGGCAAAUCAGGACAUGAGAAUAAAAACUAUAGGUAUAACAAUACAGACGAAUAUAAUUUUAAUACGAAUUAUGAGAGAAGACAACAAAAGUUGAUUGAAGAUAACCGGACAAAGAGUUUCGAACAAAACCCACCCCUUAGUUGAGGACUACCAGAGCAGGAUUUUUGAACAAAAACCCACCCCUGUUUGAGAGACAAACAGCUGAUAUGGAUGGUAUAUUUAUUGUGUCAGAGGAGCAUGAGAUAGAGGAGAAUAGUGUGAAUAUUUGUGAAGAGGACCAUUUGGAUUCCCUCAAUUUAGAAAGUGCACGGAUAGAGGAAGAUUGUGAUGCCCUCCCCGUGGCAAUGGGAUACGCACAGGCAGAGGAAGUGAAUGAUACCCUCCCUGUAGCAAUAGAGUUCGCACAGGUAGAGGAAGAUGAUGCCCUCCCUGUUGCAAGUGAAGUUAUGCCGGCUGAGGAUGAGUGGAAUACCCUCCCUGGCAAUGUCGAGGAAGAUGAAAU